AUAGGCAACGUGUGUCUGUGUGAGUGUUUUCCUUUACAGGAGGACCAAGAAAAGAAAAGAUGGAUAUAGAAAAAUCUAUUAAAUCUGCAAUAGUUUAAGGUAAAUAUAUAUAUGUAUAUGCAUGUGGUAAAUAUGCAUGUGUCUAUACAUGGCCCUGAUCCGCUAAUUUCUGACUGCCAAAAAAAUGUUUUUUUGAAGAUGCCAAACAUCCGGCAAAUCCGGAAGAGGAAGACAAGGAAGUGGUCCCAGGAGGCCAUGAUGCAGGCCUACAGGAGGUGAAAGCAGGCAGCCCAGCAGCCUGAGUGACCGAGUCAGUGGAAGGGAGUCCUGGGUCAGAGGACACUCCUCACCCCUGAAGAUGAGGAUUCCCUGGUGGAGUACUGCUUGUACUCUGCCAGUUAUGGGUUUCCACUGACGAAGCCUCAGGUCCUGGCCCACCAUCUGGCCAUUUACAAUGAGCGCCAUCAGGCAGCACCCAGGACCGUGCUUGACCAGACGUGGUGGAUUAACUUCCGGGAGCGGCACCACCAUCGCCUUACCGCUCGGACCCCAGACAUCAUUGACCGUGGGAGGGCAUCCUGUGCCAAGAGGGGGCCAAUAGAGGAGUACUUUAGGCUCCUCACCACCAGCCUGGAGGAGCACGGGUUGAGGGAGAAACCCCGUCAAGUAUACAACUGUGACGAGACGGGGUUUCAGCUGGACUCCUCCAGAAGGAAGGUCAUCGUGCCCCGGGGGACUAAACAUGGUUACAGGCAGGCCCAAGGAACCAGGGACCACAUCACCGUCCUGGCCUGCCUCAACGCGGCUGGGGAGGAUGCCCCCCCUUUCAUCAUCUACAAGGGGGGAUAUCCAGGGGGCCCCCAUAACAAGGAAGGGGUUCCCGAUGCCCUCUACGGGAAGUCGCCAGCAGGGUACAUUGACAGUGAGCUGUUUAGGAAGUGGUUUGUCGGGCACUUCUUGAAGUUCGCUAUGAAGGAGCGCCCGCUGCUGCUCUUAAUGGAUGGACAUCAGUCCCACCUGGAUCCAGAGCUGGUCCGGGCGGCACAGAGGGAGGGGGUCAUUCUUUUGUGCCUGCCACCUCAUUCGUCUCACAUCCUUCAGCCUUUGGAUGAGAGUUUCUUUGGACCCUUGAAGGCAGAUUUCUCUGGUGUUACAGGAGAUCUGUCGGCAGUGAGCCACUCCUUCUUAGAAACUAAGAAGGAGUUUUCAAGGGUCCUAAGAGACUCCUACCAGACGGUGAAGGAUCGGAGAGUGGUGGUGGCUGGGUUCAGGAGGUGUGGCCUCUACCCUCUGGACCCAAUGGCCAUUGACUGGUCACGGGUGUGUGCCCUCCUCACCUCCUCCGCCAACCCCAUCAGCAUCUUCCUGGGCUGGGCCUGAUGUCGCCCUUCCCUCCCAACAUCCCCUUUCCCCAGACCCUUUUCCCAAUCUUUUGAACCCCCUAUACCCUAUCCCCAGAACCAACCUCCACCUACCUCUCCUCCCCCUCCCAAUCCCAAUCCUUACACCACCCAUCCCCUGGUGACAUCAGGCCGGAUUUCACUUGACCUGGCCCACCUCCUGGCCGAAAUCAAUUCUAACCGCCACACCGGUAAGGUCAGGAGGAACGUCACCAAGGCCAGGUUACUGACCGCCCAGGAGAUGUCUGAUGUGAUUGAGGAAGCGGAGGACCGAGCUUUGAGGAGGGAGGCUCAAGCUCUGGUCAGAAAGGCCAGAGAGCAGCAGCGGGCCGAAAACACCGGCCCGGCAGCCACUUCCUCUACCCCGUCUGGCGGCUCCGGCCCCAGCUGCAGAAGACCAGUGUCCCUCGGGGCUACCUCGGCCACCAGCUCCGGACUUUCCAUCCCUCAUCCCGCUCCGUCCCCUCUUGUGCCUCCCACGGUCCCCGGCUGCCUGCUGAGGGACACGCCACCUUCCCCCGUCUCCUGGUCAGCGCACACUUAUUUCGCAUUUGGAUUCACACAUAAAUCUGAAUGCAGUAUGUAUUUUAGUAUUGUUAUAAUAAAAUAUGAUUAUUAUUUUAGAGCCUUCAACAUCGGCAUCGGGACGUGGCCUCCAAAGACCUUCCUCUCCCUCUCACUCGUCCCAAACUGCAGAGAGCUCAUCAUCCAGCUCCUCGUCUGUGGACCCACGACAUCCACCGGUCACACUCCUGAAGACAUGGAGACAGUUUGGGAGUGUGGCCGGUGCAGGGAAGCCGACCCCCCUGAGAGCUCCGAGGGAGGGUGUCGUGGGUCCAGUGUGACAGAGGGACGAGGAGCUGGAUGAGGAGGAUUAUUUUGAAUGUUAUUUGUGUCCUGAUUAAUUUUGUUUUUGUCUCUUUUAUUUAUCAUCUUUUCAAAGAUUUGCACAAGUCAUUUGUCUUUUGCUUUAACAAUGUAGCUUUUCAAUCAUGAAUACUUGUGCUUUUAGUUGUAAUAUAACUAA